UCGCCACCAGCUGCAGAGGGUGCGAGAGCCGGUCGGAGGUGGGGGCCCGGCUGCUGCUGAUAGCUCUGGCGGCCGGCGACGGCGCGGGGAGCUCAUUCCAGGAAAAGCGGAGUAAUCGCCGGCUGGCGGGCGUGCAGGCGGGGUCCUUGGUGAGCUUUGUCAUGGUGAUUUAAGGAGCCUCGCCUAGAAGCCCCCACACGCAGUUCCCCGUCGCCGGGAAGGCUUGGACUCCAAGAUGAUCAUAAAGGAAUACCGCAUCCCCCUGCCGAUGACCGUGGAGGAGUACCGCAUCGCCCAGCUCUACAUGAUCCAGAAGAAGAGCCGCAACGAGACCUACGGCGAGGGCAGCGGCGUGGAGAUCCUGGAGAACCGGCCGUACACGGACGGCCCCGGCGGCUCCGGCCAGUACACGCACAAAGUGUACCACGUGGGCAUGCACAUCCCCAGCUGGUUCCGCUCCAUCCUGCCCAAGGCCGCCCUGCGGGUGGUGGAGGAGUCCUGGAACGCCUACCCCUACACCCGCACCCGGUUCACUUGCCCCUUUGUGGAGAAGUUCUCCAUCGACAUUGAAACCUUCUAUAAAACCGACGCAGGAGAAAACCCCAACGUGUUCAGCCUGUCCCCCGUGGAAAAGAACCAGCUGACAAUCGACUUCAUCGACAUUGUCAAGGACCCCGUGCCCCCCAACGAGUACAGGACGGAGGAGGACCCCAAGCUGUUCCGCUCGACCAAGACGCAGCGGGGGCCGCUGUCGGACAACUGGAUCGAGGAGUACAAGCAGCAGGUGUUCCCCAUCAUGUGCGCCUACAAGCUGUGCAAGGUGGAGUUCCGCUACUGGGGCAUGCAGUCCAAGAUCGAGCGCUUCAUCCACGACACCGGCCUGCGGAAGGUGAUGGUCAGGGCGCACCGGCAGGCCUGGUGCUGGCAGGACGAGUGGUUCGGGCUGAGCAUGGAGAACAUCCGGGAGCUGGAGAAGGAGGCGCAGCUCAUGCUGUCCCGGAAGAUGGCCCAGUUCAGCGAGGAUGACGACGAGGCCGCGGAGCUGGCCAAGGGCGAGGACGGCCAGGCCCAGGCGCCCGGGGCGGCCCCGCAGCCCAGCAGCGGCGGCGAGCCCCUGGCCGGCCGGGGGCUGAAGAAGCAGUGGUCCACAUCCUCUAAGUCCUCCCGGUCGUCCAAGCGCGGAGCCAGCCCUUCCCGCCACAGCAUCUCCGAGUGGAGGAUGCAGAGCAUCGCUCGGGACUCAGACGAGAGCUCGGACGACGAGUUCUUCGACGCUCACGAGGACCUGUCCGACUCUGAGGAAAUAUUCCCCAAGGACAUGGCCAAGUGGAACUCCAACGACCUCAUGGACAAAAUCGAGGGCCCCGAGCCAGAGGACACGCAGGACAACAUGUACCGCCAGAGCACCCCCGAGUUCAGGGUGGCCUCCAGUGUGGAGCGGCUGAACAUCAUCGAGGACGAGGUCAGCCCGCCGCUGGCCACGCCGCCCUCCAAGGUGCACGUGCUGCUGCUGGUGCUGCACGGCGGCACCAUCCUGGACACGGGCGCCGGGGACCCCGGCUCCAAGCAGGGCGACGCCAACACCAUCGCCACCGUGUUCGACACCGUCAUGCGCGUGCACUACCCCAGCGCCCUGGGCCGCCUCGCCAUCCGCCUGGUGCCCUGCCCGCCCGUCUGCUCCGACGCCUUCGCCCUGGUCUCCAACCUCAGCCCCUACAGCCACGACGAAGGCUGCCUGUCCAGCAGCCAGGACCACAUCCCGCUGGCCGCCCUGCCCCUGCUGGCCACCUCCUCGCCGCAGUACCAGGAGGCAGUUGCCAUGGUGAUCCAGCGGGCCAACCUCGCCUACGGGGACUUCAUCAAGUCCCAGGAGGGAGUGACCUUCAACGGGCAGGUCUGCCUGGUUGGGGACUGCGUCGGGGGCAUCCUGGCCUUCGACGCCUUGUGCUGCAACAGCCAGCCGGUGUCUGAGAGCCAGAGCAGCAGCCGCAGGGGCAGCGUGGCCAGCGUGCAGGACGCUGACCUGCUGUCCCCGGGCGUCUCGGUGAACCCGUCGCAUGGCGGCGGCGGCGGCGGCGGUGGCGGCAGCAACCUGGAGAGCAGCAGGCACCUGAGCCGCAGCAACAUCGACAUCCCCCGCAGCAACGGCACCGAGGACCCCAAGAGGCAGCUGCCCCGCAAGAGGAGCGACACGUCCACCUACGAGCUGGACACCAUCCAGCAGCACCAGGCCUUCCUGUCCAGCCUCCACGCGAGCGUGCUGAGGAGUGAGCCCUGCCCCCGCCGCUCCAGCAGCUCCACCGUGCUGGACGGCGCGGGGGCCCCGGGCAAGUUCGACUUCGAGACCGCCGACCUCUUCCUCUUCGGGUGCCCCCUGGGGCUGGUCCUGGCCUUGAGGAAGACUGUCAUCCCCGCCCUGGACGUUUUCCAGCUGCGGCCCGCCUGCCAGCAAGUCUACAACCUGUUCCACCCCGCCGACCCGUCCGCCUCGCGCCUGGAGCCUCUGCUGGAGCGGCGAUUCCACGCGCUGCCGCCUUUGAGCAUCCCCCGCUACCAGCGCUACCCGCUGGGUGACGGCUGCUCCACGCUGCUGGUCGAGACCGUGCAGAGAAACCCCGAGCUGGUCCUGGAGGGCAGCCCCCUGGCCCCUCUCCCUCCCGGGGAAGGCUUCCUGGAGACCAGUAUCCCAGUUCCCGCGCUCACCUGGCAAGACGGGCCCGGCCCCAGCCCGGGCUGCGUUGAGUCAGAGGCACUGCAGACCCAUAACAUGGUCUUCCAAGAGCACACGGCACCCUCCUCUCCCGGUGCGGCCCCCGCCCCCCGAGGUUUCCGCCGGGCCAGCGAGAUCAGCAUCGCUAGCCAGGUGUCCGGCAUGGCCGAGAGCUACACAGCGUCCAGCAUCGCCCAGAAGGCCCCAGCCGCGCUCAGCCACACCCCCAGCGUCAGGCGCCUGUCCCAGCUCGCCCUGCCCUCCCCACCCCCCCUCACCCCGGGGCCCCGCCCCCAGGCCCGGCGGGCGAACCCCCGCCUCCCCGACUUGGACGUUGGAGAAGUUGCUGCGAAGUGGUGGGGCCAGAAGCGGAUCGACUACGCCCUGUACUGCCCGGACGCCCUGACCGCCUUCCCCACGGUGGCCCUGCCACACCUCUUCCACGCCAGCUACUGGGAGUCGACGGACGUGGUGUCCUUCCUGCUGAGACAGGUCAUGAGGCACGACAGUUCCAGCAUCUUGGAGCUCGACGGCAAGGAGGUGUCGGUGUUCACCCCCUCGAAGCCCAGGGAGAAGUGGCAGCGCAAGAGGACCCACGUGAAGCUGCGGAACGUGACGGCCAACCAUCGGAUCAACGACGCGGUCGCCAACGAGGACGGCCCGCAGGUGCUGACGGGCCGGUUCAUGUACGGGCCCCUGGACAUGGUCACCCUGACUGGGGAGAAGGUGGACGUGCACAUCAUGACGCAGCCGCCCUCGGGCGACUGGCUGUACAUGGACACGCUGGUGACCAACAGCAGCGGGCGCGUCUCCUACGCCAUUCCCGAGACGCACCGCCUGGGCGUGGGCGUCUACCCCGUCAAGAUGGUGGUCAGGGGAGACCACACCUUCGCCGACAGCUACAUCACCGUGCUGCCCAAGGGCACCGAGUUCGUGGUCUUCAGUAUCGACGGCUCCUUUGCCGCCAGCGUGUCCAUCAUGGGCAGCGAUCCCAAAGUGCGGGCCGGAGCCGUGGACGUGGUGCGGCACUGGCAGGACCUGGGCUACCUCAUCAUCUACGUGACGGGCCGGCCCGACAUGCAGAAGCAGCGGGUGGUGGCGUGGCUGGCCCAGCACAACUUCCCCCACGGCGUGGUGUCCUUCUGCGACGGGCUGGUGCACGACCCGCUGCGGCACAAGGCCAACUUCCUGAAGCUGCUCAUCUCCGAGCUGCACCUGCGCGCCCACGCAGCCUACGGCUCCACCAAGGACGUGGCGGUCUACAGCUCCAUCAACCUGUCCCCCAUGCAGAUCUACAUUGUGGGUCGGCCCACCAAGAAGCUUCAGCAGCAGUGCCAGUUCAUCACGGAUGGCUACGCGGCCCACCUGGCCCAGCUCAAGUACAACCACCGGGCGCGGCCGGCCCGCAACGCGGCCACCCGCAUGGCCCUGCGCAAGGGCAGCUUCGGCCUGCCCGGCCCGAGCGACUUCCUGCGCUCCCGGAGCCACCUGCUCCGCACCAUCUCGGCCCAGCCCGGCGGGCCCGGCCCCAGGCACGAGCGGACGCAGAGCCAGCCCGAGAGCGAGCAGCGUGGCCAGCGCAGCAUGAGCGUGGCCGCUGGCUGCUGGGGCCGAACCAUGGCUGGCCGGCUCGAGCCAGGGGCAGCUGCGGGCCCCAAGUAGGGCCCCCUUGGCGCGGCGCUGUGGUCUCCAUGGUGCUAGGCCAGGCGGCCAGCCCGCCACGAGGCCUGGACGGGGCACAGGCCAUCGGCCGGGAACACGCUCGUCCCGGGACCCAGCGGAGGACACUGGCUGUGCCG